AUGUCUGACAAGAAGAGAAAACGUGAGAUUGAACUUAGCAGCAAAUCCGCUACCGAUCGGAUGGAUGCGCUCCGACGGCAUUUUGAGAGCCAGUUCGCACCACUCAGAGGCACAAGGGAAAAGCUGAGCUCAAAGAAAUACAAGGCGCUCCCGGAGAAGACAGAAGAGGAAUUGAGCGAUCAGGAAUGGGAGGGAAUACAGGGCAUCGAAGAUGAUGGAUUGAUCGAAAAUGUCCCCGUGGUUAUCGGGUUCGAUGCUACCAAAGACGUUCCGCGAUCCGUUCCCAAAGCUCCGCGCAGUGAAUUGAAAUACUUUAUGUCAUCUAAACCACCAUUACCGGCCUCCUCCUCCACUACUCUUCCCACAAAAUCGAAGAAAAGCUCAGAUGAUGAGGAAGAUCCCCGCUCUGAGGCAGAGAUGCUAAAGAAUGAUUUAGCACUCCAGAGGUUACUCCGCGAAUCUCACUUACUAGACUCUACCUCCGGCAAGCUUGAAGCUACUGGCAAGAACCGCCUCAAAGCUUUGGAGUCACGAAUACAAGCCCUAGGGGGCAAGGACAUCACAAUCCAGAAGAACGUGCCCAUGGCCAUACGUAAAGGGAUAGCCGCUGCUCGGGAGGAGAGGGAAUUGAAGCGGAGAAAGAACGCCAAGGAAGCAGGUAUCGUCUUGGAAAGGGAUACAACGAGGAAGAAGAUCAGCAAGAAGCGGCAAGACCGGGGCGGUUUUGGACCUAGCAUUGGGAGGUUCAAGGGGGGUGCACUAGUGCUGAGCAAGAGAGAUGUUAUGGAUAUUGAAGGACGUAGUGGGUCGGGGGGUGGCCGUGGCGGUAAGGGUGGGAAGAAGCAUGGUAAAACAAAAAGAUGA